AUGGACGGAUUUGAUGAAACGAAAAUGAAGCAGCUGCAGCUGCUGAAGGAAAAAAUGAAGAUUGCCAAGGCACAGAAAGUGGAAGAAGUAAAAAAUAAUGAAGAUGUGUUCUCGCUUUCGCAUGAUGUAAAAAAUGUAAGGUCAUUCGAGACACAGGAUAUCAGAUUUAAUAAAAUAGGGAAAAAGGUUUUCGACGCUUUUACUCCCAAUAAGAAAGUAACACAUAUUAAGGGGACGAAUAAUAGGUUCCCUUUUCAGCAAGCCAAAAGUGGAAAUGCUAACUUCCCUUUUAAAACAAAAAAUGGGUUGAUAAAACUGGCAAACGAGUCCAGUGCGUUUGAUACGCCACUAACAUUUGAUGAAGUGAUGCGAAGAAAAAAUGAGAAGAAGAAACGAGAACUGGAGAAAAGUGGAAAGAAUGGCAUGGUUGACGAUAUGCUUAAUAAUGUAAGGCAGUUUAAUUUGAGUGAAGAUCAAGAAGAAAAAAACGAGUCGGGCCUCCUACAAGGCAUGCACCGCACCUACCAGGAGGAGCAAAUCGAUCAGGCCAAUGAGGAUAGUCACGCCGGAAACGCCGAUGUGUACAACAACAUGUACAGUGGUAGCCCCCUGAGGGAAUUACAAGAAACGAAUGGCGUGAGCACCUAUGAUGGUGCAGGUGGACUCCACCAAAACAAAAUGCACGAUCAAUCGAUCAACAAAGAACAAGCGUCAAGCGGGAACGCAGCAGACAACAAUCAUUCAAUCAAUGGAAAAAUCUCCAAUAACACCAGUUCGUUUGGUACGAAUGUAAUGAGAAGGAACCAAUCCCUUCCUCAUGGUAUGAAUUCUUUCAAUAAUUACUUCACACAGAAAAUGAGUAAGGAUGAGUAUUCUGUAAAAAGCGGUGCAGAUUUGAACAGGACAUUCCCUCAUGGUGAUAACAAUGUGAUUAAUCCUCUCAGUGAGAGCUUUCCAGGUACCUCGAGUGCAGGUGGGCUGGGCACACUCUUUAGCACCCGUGGAGAUGUAAACAAUCGUAGUGGUAGUAACAUUUUUGGAUGCAGCCUAUCCAAAUUAAACCAGUCCAUUUUUAACCAGACGGUUGACAUUACCAGUUCAGAUCAAACCUCAAGUGAUAAUAUAAACAAUGGGAACAGUAGCAGUAUGACCCCUUCUUCUAGCAGUGUUGUUAAGGGGGAGGUCGGGGGGGAGAGCACUAACAGGCUAUUUCAGAGCAGUGGAAAUAGCACUAUCGGGGGAUGUAGCAUUUUCGGCACGCAUAACGCGCCUAUUGGAAGUAACCACCAAUUUGGUACGAAUAAUUCUUCUGUUCCUCCACCCCCAAACAAAAGCAUUGAAACGAGUUCUCUAUUUUCACGGAACGAUGGAAAUAGUAAUGGGAUCAACACGGGUAGUCUCUUUACCAAUUCAUUAAGUGGUAAUAAUUUGAUAAGUACACGCAACGCGCCAGAUGCAACGGGAAAAAGUGGCCUCUUCAACAACACCAACGAUAACAGGGGGGGCAAUGUUUUUGGAAAAUCGAAAAACAAUGUUCCCCUUUUUAGUGGCAGUGGAAGCAUUUUUGGGAAGUCCAGUAGCAGCACCACAAACUUGUUUGGAAUUGCAGCUAGCGAUAAGAACCCAUUUGUGAAUACCGGCAUCGAAAAUAACCCAAUCGAAAAGGCAAAUAACGGAAAAGGCAUUUUCGGGAACGUUGCAGGUAGCAACAAACCCUUUGGAGAUGCAUCUGGAAAUGGCAAUCCAUUUGGAAGUAACAUUUUUGGAACCGCAUCGAGUGCCAGUAGUAACCUUUUUGGAAAAUUACCCGGAGGUACAAACCUCUUUAACAAAAGUGGAGGUGUUAACAACACGAACCAAUUCGGGAACGCAAAUAACAUUUUUGGAAAGCCUCUCGCGGGUAGCAACAUUUUUGGCGUCAACAGCAGUUUGGUGAAAAAUGUGAAUAGCUCCUUAAGUAACAACGGUGCGCUCUUGGGUGACGCAGUCGGAGGUGCUACUGUCGGAGGUGCUACUGUCGGAGGUGCUACUGUCGGAGGUGCUACUGUCGGAGGUGCUACUGUCGGUGGUAACCCUGUCGGAGGUGCCACUGUUUCAGGUGUUGGUAGUGGCAAUGCUCAGAGCACCCUCGACAGUAGAUGCAACAACGCCACUGAUGAGAGCCUCGUAAAUACAAGGAGCAAGUUGAUAAGUGACGAUUUGCAGAAGAGUAGUAUAAAUUUAGCCCCAAGGGAGGGCCUCACCGACAAUGUUGGUCUUUCAAACAACACGAACAGUGUGGGUGAUCCAUUCAGCAACACGAACCGAUUUGGACUACCGAAUAUAGUUGGAAGUGUCGUCGCGGCUCCGUCGCAAGGGUACCUUAGUAGAGUCAACAGAGGGAUGCAAAACAACAAUGACAUUAACACAAGAGUUAUGAAAUUUAAAAAUACUCUGUCAAAUAUUAAGAGUAAGAGGUAUGGAGAUUCAAGCGAGCAGAUCCCACGUAUCAGCGGGGACAACGAAACUCAAGUGGAUCAGACGCCUGUGGGAGAUGCCUCCCAUAUGGGUGAACACUCUCCUGGGGAGGAUACACUUGGAGUAGAGAAAAAUGAACCAGACAAGCAAGAAGAGUUAUUACAGUAUGAGAAGGUGGAACAAGGAGAUAGUAAUAAAGAUGUAGGUGCUGAGCCAACAUGUGAUAAUCACAGUGGAGAAUCAGCCAAGGAAAGUAAUGACAAUGAUAAGGAAGAGAGCACUAACAUUCGAAGAACUUUCUCAAGUUAUUUUAACACAUUCAUUCCGUCGAUAUUUUCAACUCCUAAUAAGCAGGCCGCAAAAGAUGAGUAUCCCAAGGGGGAUGCUUCACCUGCUGAGGUCAGGACAAAUAACGUCGAGGUGAACCAAAAUCCCCAUGUCAAUUCAGUUGGUAAGGAUGCGUCGAACAUAAACAAGCUGGAUACAGGUUCUCUCCUGAUUGACAAGGAGAAAGAGACGAAGAAAUUCUUUAAAGCGGUCAUCCCUUUGACUGACAUACCGAAAGGAAAACUCUCUUCACAAAUCGAUGGUGAAAAUACACCAACAAGCAAUAAAGACAAUGUUUUAUUAAAUAGUGAAAAAAUAAAUGAAUUUCAACAUUUCGAUCCUUCUGUACCUUCCGACCAACCAAAUAGGAGCAACCAUAAUGUAAAGUCUUUUAGGAGCCAAAAUGAUACAUCUAGUCACGGCGUAGGAGAAGCUGAACAGAUGAACAACACAGAGACGACCCAAGUUCUAAAUCUCUCAUUGGAUAUUAAACAAGGCAAUAUAGUUAACCCUUUAAAUGUUGAGAAUAACAAAACGAGUAGUUUAUUCAAUGAUGCAGCGGCUAGUGUUCCAAGUAUAGGGGCCCAUCCAGGGGUAGAAGAAAAAAUGAACCUUACGGUGGACAUUCCCUUUUCUAACAUAAAUGCUGCACGUAGUGAAGAUGAGGUUGGGGCGUUAUCCAAUUCGGUAAUAACGCCCUCAUUGGAGGAGAAAUCGGGAAGAAACUUACUCUUACCUAAUACGAUGGAAAAUGUUAAGGGCGAACAGAAGAGUAGUACUAUCACCUCCUGUGUGAACAGUAAAGUUGAUGAACCCAGAGACAUAUUUCAGAAAGACCCAAGUCGCAGCGACCUGAUUGAAGUAGCCAAUACAGAGAGUUUAGAAAAUAAAGAAGACUUUGAAAAAAUGAACCAAAUAUAUAAAAGCAUAAAUUGCAUAAACAAAAAUAUAAAUUAUAUUAACAAAUAUGUCCCGUCUACCAUUGAACAUGCAGACAACUAUUUACAUACGAGUAUCUCCUCGGUGCAAAAUUAUGACGCCCUCUCUAACGCAAACCGAACGUGUCUAGAAAAAAUGAACGCAUCGAAUAGUUCCGCACAAUCAAAUAAGGAAUUAAAAAAUAUGAUAAGUGUUUUGAAUAAACAAAUGGGUAAAGGUGGUGAACCGUCUGGGGGGGAAGACGACAGGGGGGUACCAUUUGGCAAAGGGAAUGGAACGUGGUUCUGUACCCCGUUGAGUGGAGGUAAUCAGGUGGAUGUGACACAUAACGCGAAAGGAGGAGUGACAACUUCUGCACCUAAAGGAGGACCUUCCAAAUCCUACCCCAUUUUUACCACCACAGGGAAAUACACUCCUGGUGGCAAUUUUGUAAACACGAAUAUGUUGACCCCCAGAGAAAAAUUAAAAUUAAUAAAUGAAACUUCGAAAGAAAUUGCCACUAAUGAAGAAUCUGAUACGGAGGAGAAAAUACCAGAGCAUGUGCAGAAAAUAAUGGAAAGAAGAGAAUAUUUUAAAACAAAAAAUAAAUUAACAAACAGUAACUCAAAUAAGAGCGUCGGGAUAAAAAAAAUUAAACCAUUUGUCCCAUCAGAGUGUAGUGAAUCUUUUAGAAAUACCUUUUACACAAAUGAAAAUAGCAAAAAUAAGAAUAAUGUUUUUUCUCUACAAAAUUUAAGCAGUAUGAAUAUAUUGAGCCCCCCACACCAGGGAAGUAGUAUCGAUGCUGCCGGUUCAGCUAGCUACCCCACCGUGGAUGAUCCCAGCCCCAUUUUUAAGGAAUCCUCAAUGGUGAAGCAAAACAAAAUCGAAAAGCACAUUCAUAGUAGCAGUGAAAAUUUUUUAAUAUAUAAAAAUAUGCCACCUUCAUCCAGUAGCAUCAUGAAGGAUUGCAAUUUUUCCAGUGAAAAUGCACAGGAUGGUUAUAACCCCUUCACACCGACCAAAAGUUUUAACGAUGCAGUUAAUUCAGGUGAAAUCACCAGCAGGGUGAAUGACGGUAGGCCAGGAGAGGAAACCAAACCUUCAGGAGAAUCCCUCAUCAAGAUGGAAGAAGAGGUAAACAGACAAACCGAUUUUAUUUCGAAUAUCUACGCAAGUUUAGGAAGGAAUAAUUUUAUUUACGACAACCGCGGGGGGAUGGACUCGACUGAUGAUAAGCAGAAAGGUGAUCAUAGGGACGAUGGAGUAGACCCCGACGCUACCAACACGGAUGAUACCCCAUUGAAGAAGAGAAGCCUGGACAAUAUCACUCCCGCCCACCACGACCAGAAUGAUGACAUACGUGAGGAUGAGGCAAACCCGUUCGAUAACGUCGAAAACGGAGAUGAAAACGAUCCUACGUGUGCACAGAAGAAGAAAAGGAAAUUUGAUCCGAAUGGAAUUAACGAGGAACUUGUUCCAAAGGAAAACAGAUGCAUUGACAUAUCCAACUGUGUUAAAGAGAUUAGGGACUCCAGGACGUUGGCGGAUAUUUCGGACAACUUGAGCAAAUACACCCUGGAGAGCGAACGAAUUUUGUGCGACAUAAUUAACGAUACUUUUAAGAUGUCACUGAAGAUUUCUUCGCUCAGCGAUUUACCCUUUUUGUUCGAGGACUUCCCCUGA